AUGCCUCCAAAACUCGAUCCUUCCCAGGUCGUUGAAGUCUACGUCCGCGUAACCGGAGGCGAAGUCGGCGCCGCCAGUUCCCUCGCCCCAAAGAUCGGUCCUCUCGGUCUCUCCCCAAAAAAGAUCGGAGAAGACAUUGCCAAGGAAACAGCAAAGGACUGGAAGGGUCUCCGCGUGACAGUCAAACUAACCGUGCAAAAUCGGCAAGCGAAGGUUGCGGUGGUUCCAUCUGCCGCGGCGCUGGUUAUCAAGGCCUUGAAGGAGCCUGAGAGAGACAGGAAGAAGACUAAGAAUAUUAAGCAUAAUGGGAAUAUUUCUCUUGAUGAUGUUAUUGAGAUUGCGAAGGUGAUGAAGCCGAGAUCGAUGGCGAAGGAGCUUGGUGGGACGGUGAAGGAGAUUCUGGGAACUUGUGUUUCGGUUGGGUGUACUGUAGAUGGGAAGGAUCCCAAGGAUUUGCAACAGGAGAUUAAUGAUGGGGAUGUUGAGAUUCCUUUGGAAUAG